GAAGUCGCUGAAAGAGAGGAAGUCAGUCAAAAGUGAAAACGACACUGUCGCUUAGUUUACUUUAAUGUUAAGUACGGCUAUAUUUGUGAAAAAUAGACACUCUAAGCGGGGAAUUAUUCGGCUGUGUAAUUUUCUUAACUGAAUAUUCAUCUAAGCGCUGUAUAGAGUAGCCUAUACCUUUGAACGCGAAAGACAACCUUUUUUGAUCACGAUAGCACAGGUGAAUAUAGCCUACCGUGUUUUGGUAACUAGGCACUGGAUUCUCCUGUGUUGCGGCCCCAAGCCGAAAACUAAGCUUGACCGAAAAAACAAUGAAAUGAGGUGAGACCACAUGUUAAUGGAGGAGACUGCGGUAUGCUGAGGCGUGUCUUUGUCUGUAAGGAUGAGUGUUACAGAUGACGAAAGGUCAACCAACCAAGAUGAGGAACUGACUUUCGUUCUACAUAUCUAUCCUCGUCUGUCCGCUGAAAAUGCUCCAUGCUGCAUCCUCAAUGUCCUCAAGUCGACCACCGCUGCGACCGUCGUCCAGAAUGCAGGCGCCACACUCGGCCUGGACACAUUCAAGCUUUACGUCCUGGUGGAGGUGAGAAAGUGUGGAGGGGAGGAGUGGAUCCUGCAGCCCAGUGACCUUCCUGUGCAGAGGCUCCUGCUGUGGCCUAGGAGGGCCCAGGAGCAGCAUCCACAGAGCGAGGGUUACUUCUUUGCACUGCAAGAGGGCCACAGCGAUGGCUCCAUCCCAUAUGACCACCUGGCAGCAGAAAGGACUGUGCAGGGGCUACUGAACCGCGGCUUCCUCCCUCCAAAGCAGGAGCACUGCGACGACCUCUGCAACCUACCCAUCCUGACAGAGACGAGCAUCCUGGACACCCUGCGCUACCGCUUCCACAAGGAGAAGAUCUACACGUACGCCAGCAACAUCCUCAUCGCCAUAAAUCCCUUCAAGUUCCUGCCCAUCUACAACCCCAAAUACGUCAAGUUGUACGCUAACCACCAGCUGGGAAAGCUGCCACCGCACGUGUUCGCUAUCGCGGACACGGCCUUCCACACCAUGCUGAAGAAGCACGUCAACCAGUCCAUCAUCAUCUCGGGCGAGAGCGGCUCGGGGAAAACGCAGAGCACCAACUUCCUUAUCCACUGCCUGACUGCUCUAAGUCAGAAGGGCUACACCAGCGGGGUGGAGAGAACCAUCCUCGGGGCAGGCCCCGUGCUGGAGGCUUUUGGGAAUGCAAAGACAGCUCAUAACAACAACUCCAGUCGCUUUGGGAAAUUCAUCCAAGUGAACUACUCAGAGAGUGGAGUUGUGAGAGGGGCAGUUGUUGAAAAGCACUUGCUGGAGAAGUGUCGCCUGGUGUCCAGGGAAAAGAGUGAAAGGAACUACCACGUCUUUUACUAUCUGCUGCUUGGAGCCACAGAGGAAGAGCAAAAAGAAUUCAGUCUGUUGCAACCUGAAGAUUAUCUCUACCUCACACAGGAAAACUUUCAGUCAGAGGACAGAGCAGAAAACAAACAUGAGUUUAAGAGACUUCAGCAGGCCAUGGAGAUGGUGGGAUUUCUACCAGCCACUAAAAAACAAAUAUUCUCUGUCCUGUCGGCCAUCCUGUACCUUGGCAAUGUGACAUAUGAGCCAGCGGAGGACGGAGAGGGCCUGGGGGUGGGCCCACCACAUGUCCUUGCCACCCUCUCUGACCUGCUUCAGGUAAAAAAGGAACUCCUGGUGGAAGCACUGACCAAGAGGAAAGCGAUGACUGCCAAUGACACACUGAUCCUGCCCUACAGCCUCAGCGAGGCUGUGACUGCGCGUGACUCCAUGGCUAAGUCCCUGUAUGGCUCCCUGUUUGACUGGAUCGUCCUGCGCAUCAAUCAUGCGCUGCUCAACAAAAAGGACGUGGAGGUGUCCAUCCAGUGUUUGUCCAUUGGUGUGCUGGACAUCUUUGGAUUUGAAGAUUUCGAGAUCAACAGCUUUGAGCAAUUUUGCAUCAACUAUGCUAACGAGCAGCUUCAGUAUUAUUGCAAUCAGUACAUUUUCACACUUGAGCAGGCUGAGUAUCAGGCUGAAGGCAUCACGUGGGAUAACAUUGACUACAACGACAACAUCGGCUGCAUCCACCUCAUCAGCAAGAAGCCCACAGGACUCUUUCACUUGCUGGAUGAGGAGAGCAACUUCCCCCAUGCUACAGAUGACACACUAUUGGCCAAGUUCAAGCAGCAGCAUCAGGGGAACCCUUCAUUUGUGCCAACUCCAGUACUCGAGCCCGCAUUCAUCAUCAAGCACUUUGCUGGCAAGGUCAAAUACCAGAGCAAGGACUUCCGUGAGAAGAACACGGACCACAUGCGGCCGGACAUAGUUGCGCUGUUGCGCAGCAGUGAGCGGAGCUUCCUGCGCCAGCUGAUCGGUGCGGACCCUGUGGCCAUGUUCCGCUGGGGCAUCCUCAGGGCCACCAUACGCACCCUGGCUACCUUCAACGAGGCAGGGAGGCGCUGGGCAGCAAAGCAUGCAGAUACAGUUCGCCGCUACUCCCGUCAGUCGCUGGGCGAGAAGCGGAAGAGCGCGCCUAUUGAGAGGAUGAUGAGUCAAAGCCGCAUUACCGAAUUCUCUUUCGAUCGCUCAGAGGAACUUCCCCUAGAAGUGUUUGAGGACAUCUUUGCCACGUUCGAGAAGAAAAAGGUCUUGCAUGGACAAAUAUGUCACUCUGUUAGGCCGAUGAGUCUGGGUGGGGAAGCUCCACCUAAGCUACAUCAGUCGGUUGGCUGUCUGAGGAAGCCUUGCCGCCUCUCUCAGAAGAACAGAGGAUCUAGACACAAACAAAUCAUCCCAAAGAACCUCAUUGACUCCAAGUCUCUCAAAUACAUUGUGGGUUUGACGCUUCAUAAUCGCGUCAGCAGGUCCCUUCUCCAGCUGCACAAAAAGAAAAAGCCCCCAAGUAUCAGUGCACAGUUUCAGUCCUCUCUGAGCAAGCUACUAGAGACCCUGAAGAAGGCGGAGCCCUUCUUUGUGCGUUGCAUCCGCUCCAAUGCUAAAAAGCUGGAGAUGCAGUUUGAUGAGGCUCUAGUGUUGCGGCAGCUUAGGUACACAGGGAUGCUGGAGACAGUUCGCAUCAGGAGGUCGGGCUACGGGGUCAAGUAUACUUUUAAGGAAUUCAUUGAUCAGUUUCGCGUGUUACUGCCAAAGAAAGUUGAAUCACCAAAAGAGGACAUUGCAAACUUCCUUCAGAAACUGAGAGUGACAGAGACGAAUUAUCAGAUUGGGAAAACAAAGGUGUUCCUCCAGGAGGUGGAGCGUCAGAGACUCCAGGAGACCCUGCAUAAGGAGGUGAUGAGGAGCAUCAUCACCCUACAGCGCUGGUUCCGCGCCUGCCUAACACGGAAGAAUUUCCUCUACAAGAGAGACACAGCCAUUAUCAUUCAGCGGUCAUGGAGGAACUUCAGCGUGAGGAGACGCUGGAAGGCAGCCUGUUUGAUCCAGACAGUUUGGCGUGAUUCCCACCAGAGGGUCGAGUACUUGAGCCGACGCCAGAGUUUCAAGAAGAUGCAGAAGCUAGCCACCCGCAGGAGGACGUUGUCUGAGGAAGACAGAGUAGUGGUAGGGAAGAAGCCAAGUAAAGAGACCAAGCCAGCAGCUUCAGGUGACAACCAAGAGAAGUUGAAGAAGCCCCUUCCUCCGCUGCCCGAAUCAGACGGCGUUGGUGGUCAGGAGAAGCUCAACGGAGAGGGCGCGAGCGUGGGGGAGAGAGGAGAGAACGAGGGGAAACGUGUUCCGUCAGCACUCGGACGCCCGCUCUCCCUGCAGCUGGACAGCAGUGACGAGUCCAAGAAGGACGACUCGGGGGAGCUGUACAGCACCUCGUCCCUGCAGCGGUACAACAACAGUUUCAUGAAGGAGAAGGCUGAGAAGUGGAAGGAGCGGAGGAGCGAAGAGGGGCAGCUGGAAGCAGUCAGUCCAGAGGUCAAACGACCACAGAACCUGAGGAUAAAGGGUUUACAGUCUCAAGGAAAGUCCAUCUCUCUGGAUAACGUGUCAAAGAUCAGCUCCUCAGAGUCAGACAGCCCAGGCUCUUCUGCAGAGUUUCAGUUGGCUGCAGAGCUGGAUGGGUCGAAGAUCAGUACGGAGAGGCGGUCCAGUGACAGCUCUAGUUCCUCACAGCUGCCCACCCCAGAGAGAGUUGGGUUCUUCAGUAAGUUCCGGAAAAACAAAAAGACACCGGAAGAUGGGAGAGUAACUAUGGCCAGGACACUGGCAGAAAGAGAAGAAGCCAGAUCCUCUAUGUACUCCCCUCGUUCCAAUCAGCCCGCCAACCAAGCCAGUCGCGUCCGACGGAACCUCACCAUCAAAAUCAGUCGAGCCACACGAGUCCAAGAGGAGUGGUACGCCUCCUUGGACCGCAAGAUCACUGACAGCAACGAACUUCGCGAUCUGGAUGAGUUCCUGGGCAACCAGAUGAAUGAUCUUCGCACCCGAGGUAAAGAGCUUUCAGAAACUGAGCGCAUCUUCCUCAUGGCCACUAACCACUUCAGAGAGCAGAUCAAGAGCAUGUACUCUGUGUUGAAACCCCAAAUUGGCUACAAAGUUUUAAUGAAAGGAUAUGAGAGCAGAGUCUCCAGUCUGGCUGGAUCGAAGAAGACAGAAAUUCAGCUGGUGGUGAAUUUGUUCCAGUCGAUUCUAGACGGAUUUAUCCGUGGAGAGAUUAAGAAGGAGGGGGCUGACCCGGUUCAGUUUAUCAAGAAAUCGAAGCAGAAAAGAAAAAAAGACAAAUGCAUGGACAGUCCUCUGGAUCACCUGUUCAGCACCUACCAGGUGACCAUCAUGCAGUCGUGUGACCUGUGCGGCUCCUUCAUCUGGGGCAUGGAGAAGGCCUGCAUGUGCAGCUCUUGCAAGAUGGUGUGCCAUAAAAAAUGCCUGAGCAAGAUAAUCACAGAUUGCUCCACGCGCACCUCGAUGAAGAAUGCAAAUGAGCCGGGCACUCUGCAUUUCGGUGUGCACGUGUGCGCCCUGACCAACAAGGCCACCCCCGUGCCCAUGGUCAUGGAGAUGAUGCUGCAGCACGUGGAGAUGAAUGGCCUGUACACAGAGGGCAUCUACCGCAAGUCAGGCUCUGCCUGCCGAGGGCGGGAGCUGCACCAGAUACUGGAAACAGACCCCAGAUCUGCCCAUCUGGAGAACUAUCCUAUCCACACCAUCACAGGCCUGAUCAAACGGUGGCUUCGGGAGUUACCGGACCCCCUUAUGACGUUUAACCUGUACAGUGACUUUCUGCAUGUUGCGGAGCUGCCUGAGAAGGUUGACCAACUACGUGCCAUGUAUCGAACAUUAGAGGAACUUCCCCCCUCACACUUUCACACCCUUGAGCGACUUGUCUUUCACCUUGUCAGAGUGGCCAGAGAGGAAGAACACAACCGGAUGUCAGCUAAUUCCCUGGCCAUCGUUUUUGCACCUUGCAUUCUCCGUAGCCCUGACUCUUCUGAUCCUUUCCUCAGCAUGAAGGAUAUUGGCAAGACCACCACGUGUAUGGAGAUUCUGAUAAACGAGCAGGUCAGGAGGUACAAUGAGAAAAUGGAGGAGAUCCAGCAGCUGGAGUUUGCAGAGGCUUUGGCCGUGAGCCAGCUCAGGCUCAAGCGACAGAACACGGUCAAUGAGAAAGCUAUAUGUGAAAUGGAUACAAUAUCCAUGGAGUGUGAAAAGGUACUGAUUGAGAGGAUCAAGUCAAUCAAGCAAGAGAAGGAUGACCUUGCCUGCAGGCUGCCUGAUCUGGACCAGGAGCAAUCAGAUGACAACCUGGAUUCAGAGUCAUCUGUUAGCUCAGAUAGCCUGCUGGAGGACCGAGGGUUUAGCUUGGAUUCAGAAGGGAAGACGACCCCAUGUUCAAACAAGUGGCAGACAAAGGGCAUUCCCUCACAGGCCAUGAAGUCGAAAUCAGACGUCAGGCAGUGUUCCGACGCCAAGCACAAACUCCGAUGUCUACACAGAGAUGGAAUUCAGUCUCUAUACGUUAUGCCAGAACAAGAUGGUGGUACAGAUGGCCUGCCCUUCUCAUGUAGUCCUAGUAGCCAAGGACCAAGCCCAAAAAUCAACAGGCGCUUCUCUGACCUUGACAUCCCCUACAUAGAUGAUGAUGAUGAUAUAUAACUAAGCAGAGUCACUGAAAACACUAACUGUGUGUACAGCCACUAAAGCUACUCACGUUUCCGAAUAGUCCUCAGUUCAUGACAUGGAUGAAAAUGAUCAGAUACUCAUUGUUGUUACAGUGAUGAUGGUGAAUGCUGCCUCCUUACACUUUUAGCACUUUUCGCUGUUGCCUGAGCUAAAGAUUGAGCUCUAAGCUAGAAGAGUUGUUUGCAUUUUACACUGGUUGUGUGGUCGCAGUGGACUGGAAACACAUAACCCACUGCGAAUAGCAUGAACAUCUCAGAGGAUAGGUGGUGGUAAGUAUGAUGAUACACACCACCUUGUUCAGGGAGUUGUAAUGGAAUUAAUCUCCAAGCCAGCUCCUAUGUGUUCCUAUGUAAUGUAACAAUCAUUUUUAUGAAUACAUAAUUUCGAGAAAGCACGGAAGUGUUGACGAACAUUGGUGAGAAAGGACAUGCAUGUUUACGAACAAGAGAGUAAUAUUAAAUUGUAUAUACACAAGAAUUUUCAUCUCCAAUGUUUGUAUAUUAUGGUUUAUAUUGUACUUAGUAUCUGGUGGGUGCCUAUAUGUGGCUGAUUGCAUGUUGAUCUUCAGUACCAGGUAGACAGCAGUGUUGCUCACUGAUAUUCGACACUUCAAACCAUACAUUAAUUAAUGAGUCACUGUGAUUCAUUCGAUGCAUAAUUUUGUUACCCAUUUUUAACCUUUACCAGUUUUCAUCAGGACGUGUUUUGGUUUUUGACGUUAAAACAAGUUCAUAAACAUGUUCAAAUGUA